ACAGUCCGCUCGACGCUCUCCGCACAAAACAAUAUUAUUAUUACGUAAAACAGUUAUUAUAAACAUCAACAUAAUGAUAAUAUUAUGAUAUCUCUAGCUAAUAAUUCAUUAUUUAUAUAUUUUUUUAAGUAGGUUAUCCACAGACGUGUUGUGCCUAUCGCGGAAUAAACAAUAAACAACGAGCAAUCACUGAUCACUCUACGACGCAUCGACAACAUAUUUUAUAAUAUUCACCUUAUCGAUUCCAAAAUACUGUAAACGAGAACGUGCCUUUGAACGCUGUACCCCGAGCGUGAUAUCUUACUCAUUCAGCCAUGAGCCAAGCUGUCGAAGCCAAACAAGCGGAUCGUUUGAAGAAACUCAGAGACCUCCACAUCAAAAGAAAUGAAGCCAGAGUGAACAACCAUCAAGAAGUUGUUGAAGAAGACAAACAAAUGAAGUUGCCGUCAAACUGGGAAGCAAGACAGAGGAAAGCAGAAUGGCUUUUAAAUGACGAUAAACUGAGACAAGAGGCUAAAGAAAAAGGACAAGAUUACAACCGUUUAAAACUUUUAAACAUGACCGCAAUGGAAGCAGAUGCCAUUGACAGAAAGAAAAAACGUCAAAAUCCUGAUCCCGGGUUCUCGGAUUACGAAGAAGCUACUGCCCGCCAAUACAACAGAAUGAUAUCCAACAUGAAAGUAGACAUGGGCGCCUAUCAAAGACAAAGAGAUAGACUGGGCAAUGCAUUCUAUGCGGAGGCGAACACUUAUUUGCACGAUAAAGUCAAAGAUUCAAAAGAAGGAAUUGACAAUAUGGUUGAUGAUUUGGAAAAGCAGAUUGCAAAACGUAACAAAUUCAGUAGGAGGAGAACGCAUAAUGACGAAGCAGAUAUUGAUUAUAUUAAUGAGAGAAACAUGAAAUUCAAUGCAAAAUUGGAACGGUACUAUGGAGAGCAUACUACACAAAUCAAACAAAAUUUGGAAAGAGGAACUGCUAUUUAAAUUUAAUACAACAAUCAUUUAAUUAUAUGAAUAUAUAUAUAUAAAACAUAA